AUCGCGAUCGUCGCAAAAUGGCUCUUGUAUUACACCUCCAGAAUGCCCAGUUUUUGAAAGGACGAUACGAUAGACAAGGAAGAGUCACUUUUCGAGGUGUGAGUCAGUUUACACAGACAGUGGAAAACUGUGAAGAUGAAGCAAUAUGGGAUGAGCGAUUUGAAUGGCCAGUUGCAAGUAGUAUUGAGAAAUAUGAAACUAUCGAAAUAUGUCUUUAUAAUUUUAACAAAUUCAGGAGUAAAAAAUUGGUUGGAAAAUUUGAAAUGGUAUUACAAAAGUUGGUGGAAGAUGGUCAGUUAUAUUUGACAGAAUCACUACUGGAUGCAAAUAACACAGCAAUAGCAACCACAAUUACACUUAAUCUACAAUAUCAAGCACCGGAUGGCACAGUUGGAGACUGGAUGAAAGAAGAUUUUGCAUACAAACAUUUACCUGAUGACCAGGUAGACAAUGCUGGUGAUGACAUCUUUGAUAUUGCCAGUUUGACAAGCG